AUGAACUUUGUCGCCCGCCACUCGGGCAUGGACAUGGGCUCCGGCUCCAUGGACAUGGGCUCCUCGUCGGGCUCCGGCUCCAACUCGUCGACGGGCUCCAUGAUGAUGGCCAUGGUCUUCCAGACGCAGCAGGCCACGCCGCUGUACUCGGACGCCUGGACGCCGCGCAGCUCGGGCGCCUACGCCGGCACCUGCAUCUUCCUCAUCGUGCUGUCGGUGGCGGCGCGGCUGCUCGUGGCGCUGCGCACCACGCAGGAGGCGCGCUGGGCCGACCGCGACGCGCACCGCCGCUACGUCGCCGCCCGCGGCCGCGUGCCCCUCGCCGAGGCCGUCGCGCACGACCCCGACGCCAAGGAGAUGGUGCUCUCGGCCAACGGCGUCGAGGAGACGGUGUACGUGGUGGCCAGGACGACGACCGCGGCGCGGCCCUGGCGCUUCAGCGUCGAUCCGGUGCGGGCGCUGCUCGACACGACGAUUGUGGGCGUGGGCUAUCUUCUUAUGUUGGCGGUCAUGACGAUGAAUGUCGGCUACUUCAUGUCGGUCCUUGGUGGCGUCUUCCUGGGCAGCCUGGCGGUCGGUCGUUACGGCGGCAUGAUGGAGCAUUGA